AUGUGGUCCUUCCCAAGCAGCCAUCUUCCUGCCCCCACGGAGGCCUGGCUCCAGAGAGCUGCUUCGGACCCUGAGGCCCAGGGCUAGGGGGCCUGGAAUGGGUCCCAGAGGCCCUCUGAAGGGCCAGAGUGCAGGGAGAAGAAAGAAGAGGACGAUGAAGAUGCCAGUUUCCUUCUCUCACUCGUAGAGAGAGAGAGAGAGACGCUGGCUCUGACGCCUGACCAGGAGCUAGGGGCAGGAGUCCAGGGGGUGAGAGACAAGCCCAAGGUCUUCUGGGUCCCUCUGAGCCCUGGGCCUGGCCUGGAGUGUUCUAGAACAGCCCUGAAAUGUGACUAUCAGAAGUUGGGUUCCUGGACCUGCCCUGAGUCCACUCUCCUUGCAGGGAACCCCCAGGAGAAGGUGGAGGCUGACCACAGAUCCACCUAUGUAGGCAACAUGAGUGGGCUUGAGGUGGACUACGGGGCUACCGCUGACGAGCUGGAGACUCACUUCCAUCCCAGUGGGGAGAUCCACUGCGUCACCAUCUUGUGCGACAAAUUCUCCAAACACCCGAAGGGCAGCUAUGCCUACAGAGACUAUGUUGCAGUGAGCUGGGCCCAGGCUGCUGUGAAGCUGGAUGAAAGCGUCUUUCAGGAUCGGGUCAUCAAGGCGUGUGUCUGGUCUUCCUGUGGAGGUGCAGCCCAAAAGGACCAACACGCCAGGGAUCAGCUCCACAGACCGAAGGAGCCUGAAGGGGCAUCCGAGUGCCAGGGAGGGGUCCUUCCGCCACUGCGGCAUCGGGAGGGGGCCCAAGUUCAGGCCCUGGGGGCUAAGCCACUGAAGCCGGGACAGCCACCCAUGGGCUGGGACACCCGUUCGCUCUCCAUCCACACCUGUCUCACAGCCCAGGUCCUGGCAUCUUGGUUCUCUUGUGCUGCUAGAAGAUUCCGCAAGCCCACAGUUUUAACAGACACACAUUUAUUGCCUUACAGUUCAGGACGCUACAAGUUCAAGCUCAGGGUGCUGGGGCAAGAGCGCUCUGGGGGCCCUGUCCAUAGGGAGCUGUGCUACUAA